AUGUCUGAAGAACCGUAUUAUUACGGAACAAUAAAUCUACCUUCUACCAUCACACUCAUAUAUUGCGCAAAUACUAACUACUCUAUUGAUGUUGAUCAUAUUGGUUGGAACUUCAAGAGCGUGGAUGAUACCACCACGAUAGAAGCAACGAGUUCUCGAUGGUGGAACAGCAAACCUAGCAUCCCCAUACUCAACCACGAACCUCUGGUGAAUACUUAUUACCUCGUUGCAAUUGGUAGUGAAGUUUGGGAAAUCAAAUAUAUAUAUGACAAUAUAAUACGAGAAGAUUCGACGUACUCUGUAGACGGAAAACCUGGUAUAGCGGCGCGUAAAGAGGGGGAAAAUACUACCUAUAAUAUCGACAAUCGAAGAAAUAUUUGCAUAAUUAGCGAUGCGUAUGUCACACCAAUGCAAAUGGGGAUUCCAAACUCUGUAGAGGAAAAGCCAAUUACCACCAAGAACCUUACACCUCGGGAAGAAAUACCCGGAACUCCAAUACGAAAGAGUGCUGCCUGUGCCCCGAAGGAUGCUGUAAUUUUUACCCUCCCCAAUGAAAUCUUAGACGAUAUUUUUGCAUAA